GGUGGGGGGAAGCAAAAACAAAUCCGGUAAGAAUAACAUAUCGAUUUACUGGUUAUUAAUAUUGACUUUUUUCAGCAUGUAACCUCCCUGAAAUGGCUGCAAAAUGGUAUUUCAGAGCCUCUAGAUUUCAAUAUUUCCUUGUGUGUAUUGCCCCCAGACCCCCAGUGUCUUGCGUCUCCCAUGCUCGUUCGUUCCUAUAAUUCAUCUGCCCUCAAAAAAUCAUAGUUACGGCCCUGACGCACCUGUAUUGAAAUUAACUUCCAGCCCUCCAAGGACGGGAAAUGGGGGUACCUGGACAAGUGGCCGGCGAACGCCAGCACCCAGAUGGGGUCGUCUGCGACCUGCAGCCUGACGCACGACAAGAGGCUGGUCGUCACGAAGGACGACGAAACGAGCACGCUCGAUAUGACCACAAGACCCCGAUUCCUCGAGAAACUCGAAGUUUAUCUAAAGAACGAGUUACACAGGCUCGGUGUUACAGAAGUGAAACCCAGUGAAGUCAGGCUUAAGGUUUAUCGGCAGGUCUUUGACGCGUUCAUUAAAAACUUUACAUCAUACAGUUCUCUUCUGUCUGCCAUAAAAACCGAAUACGAUAUGAUGUUGCACAGACAGAGUCAGAAGAUACGAAGACUUGACCCACUACAGAAAACGCUGAUUUCACUUUCGAUCAAAUGUACGACAGACAUCGAGAACUAUUCAAUAAAGGACAAUCAAGCAAUCAACAGUCUGAAGAGGACCCUCCGGAAACAGUCGGACAUGCAGUGGCGGACACAGCUCAACAAGAUGGUCCUCGAGAAGGAGGUGCAUCGCCUGAAGGACUUGCUGUCGAAGGCGUACAACAGGAACCGCUUCGUGCAGGACCAGUGCAAGCUGUUCGCCACCGACGUGGACGCCCUUCAGUUCAUGAUGAGGGACAACCGGGAUGACGUGUGGAGGGUCACUUCCAAGCUGGUCGCCGACGCUCGGCGAAAUCUGAUUGGUUCCAACACCUCUGCCAGCAAAAAACAACCAUGACUGGGUGUUUGUUGUUGUUGUUUUUUUGGGUUUUUUUUUUAAUGCACUGGCAUAAUAUUAUGGAUCUUGUGGACAGACUAGAAAUAAAAUUAUACUACGUCAUAAGUAAAAAAUAAAUUUUCA